GGCCCCCGCGCGCGGCCAAUCCGGCGGCGCCCUGUUGGCUGAGCCCGGCGCCCCGCAGCACGGCCCAAGAUGGCGGCGCGCGCGCAGCGGGGCGGCCCCGCGGCGGCUACGGCCCUGCUCGCCGCCGCGCUGCUGGCGCUCGGCCGCCCGCCGCUCGCGCUCGGCCAGGCGGCGGCGGCGGCGGAGGAGGAGAGCCCGGCGGCGGCCGCGCCGCACCGCCGCUUCGAGUACAAGUACAGCUUCAAGGGGCCGCACCUGGUGCAGGCGGACGGGACGGUGCCCUUCUGGGCGCACACGGGCAAUGCCAUACCGAGUGCAGAUCAGAUUCGUAUAACAACGUCUUUGAAAAGCCAGAGAGGAUCAGUGUGGACAAAGAACAAAUCAGUCUUUGAACACUGGGAAAUUGAGGUGACGUUUCGAGUUACAGGAAGAGGCCGCAUUGGAGCUGAUGGACUGGCAAUCUGGUUUACAGAAGAGCAAGGCUUGGAAGGUCCUGUUUUUGGGGCAGCUGAUAAAUGGAAUGGUGUUGGAAUUUUCUUUGAUUCUUUUGACAAUGAUGGAAAGAAAAACAAUCCUGGUGUGGUUGUUGUGGGCAACAAUGGAAGACUUCUGUAUGACCAUCAGAAUGAUGGUUCCACACAAGCAUUGGCAUACUGUCAAAGGGACUUUCGUAACAAGCCCUAUCCUGUCCGAGCAAAGAUUACAUACUACCAAAAAUUACUGACUGUGUUAAUUAACAAUGGCUUUACUCCAGAUAAAGAAGACUAUGAAUUUUGUGCAAAAGUGGAAGAUAUGGUGUUGCCACCACAAGGAUAUUUUGGAAUAUCUGCAGCCACAGGGGGACUUGCAGAUGACCAUGAUGUCCUGUCUUUCCUGACCUUCCAGCUGACUGAACCUGGCAAGGAAGUACCUACACCAGAUGCAGAAAUUCCUCAAAAAGAUAAAGAGAAGUAUCAAGAAGAGUUUGAACACUUUCAGCAAGAAUUGGAUAAAAAGAAAGAGGAAUUUCAAAAGGAACAUCCUGAUGUGCAAGGACAGCCAGCGGAUGAUCUUUUUGAAACUGUGAGUGAUCGUGAACUGAGGCAAAUCUUUGAAGGACAGAAUCGGAUUCAUCUUGAAAUCAAACAGCUUAAUAGACAAUUGAAUAUGAUUCUGGAUGAGCAGAGGAGAUAUGUCUCUGCAGUGACAGAUGAGUUUGCCAGAAGAGCUGGUGUUCCAGAUCAACAAGGACAGAUUUCUCAGCAAGAGAUUGAUAGAGUUGUGAAAACUCAAGAAGAGGUCCUUAGACAAGUGAAUGACAUGAGAAGUUCCAUGGCUGACACGCUGAGGUUGGUCAGCGGAGCUCAACAUCCUGGCUCUGCUGCAGGAGUCUACGAAACAACUCAGCACUUCAAUGACAUCAAAGAACACCUUCACGUAGUAAAGAGGGACAUUGAGCAUUUAGUACAACGAAAUAUGCCAUCUAAUGAGAAAUCAAAGUGUCCAGACUUGCCACCGUUUCCAUCGUGUUUAUCUACAAUGCACUUCUUCGUAUUUGUAGCAGUGCAAACAGUGUUAUUCGUUGGCUAUAUCAUGUAUAGGAGUCAACAAGAAGCAGCAGCCAAAAAGUUCUUUUGAUGACUUAUUCCUUUUGUGUGUACAUAUCAGCAGUAUGUAUGCACAGAAAAUUAUACAAUUCUGUAAAUGAGGGAAAAUUUAGUGUUUGAUAUACUUCAAUACUGUAAAUUAUUGCAUUUUGUUAAACAAAAUGAGUUAUUGUUUAAACCGUUAAUAUUAAAGUUAAAAAAACAGACCGGAGAGCAGUCGAGCAAAUACUAGGUAGGGGAAGGCUGUGAACCUUAUCUAGGUCUAUGUUUUCAGCUAAGUUUCUGAUAAAUACUGGAAGAUAAACAUGGUAUUCCUCUGGGUUUGUUAAAAUUCAAGAAGACUGAAUUGAAACACAAAGAUUUGGUGGUUGUCGAUAAUAAAAAUUGCAAACUGAUGAUGUGUGCAGAAAGCCUUCCCCUAAGUAUCCUGACUUUUUUUUUUUUUUUUUUAAACGAACAACAAACACUUCUCUAUUUUGGGGGGGGGGGGAAUGUUGUUAUGAAUGUUUCAUUUCUUUGCCAUUUGGAUUUAAUGGUUUUAGAAUGUUUUAGUAAAUUCUAACUCUUCAUGAAAUGUAGAUUUACAAACAUUUUUUAGUAUGCGGACACAGACAGGCUUUUAACAGUCCGACUGUUGGUAUCUGGUAUAGAAGGCAAACAAUGCAGAAUAAACAAACAAAGGCUUACCUCCCUAUUCUGGGUUUUGUUUUUAGGCAGUGAGAGAAAACACUGAUGAAGUAGUCUCUUUAGGUAUAUCGUGGGAUUGAUUUCUUUGUAGUUUCAAGACUGUAUGUAAUUUUGUUUAGAGAUUUGUAGAAACUUUUCAGCAAAGACAUUGGUUUACACUUUUUCAGAUCUGAUUUUGUUAAGGACAUAUUUAGUCUGGGAAUGUGCUUUACUUCUAUAAAGCUCUCUUGUGUCUUUCUUGAAUCAAAUAUGGAUGCUUUGAUUUAAAAUCUUGAAGCAGCAAGUAUUCUAAACUACAGAUAUUGAGUGUUACCCAUUUCUUUACAAGCUGUUGCUUCAGACAUGCUUGUUAAUCCAGUACCUAUUGCAGAACCAGUAUUGUGCAUCAACUCCUGGUUUAAUAUCAAGGGAAUAAGACUGAACACGUGUUUUUGAUAUUACUUACCGCGUGAAAUUUGCUUCAGGAAAGAAACAAAGCAGAUAGCCCAAAUUGGGAAUGUGAAAGGGAUUCAUUUUGCCUUGUUUACAUAUCUGUGGUAACUUUGUCCUUGAGUUGCUUAUGUGUAGAGUUGGGAUAGAAUUUUUAAAUUCUAUAUAAUGCACAAACACAUCAGAAUAUUUCACUUUUAAUUAAGAGUCUCUUUAUCUGAAAACCUGCAAAAACUAUCUAGAAUCUAACAUACCACUUCUGCUCCUUCGGAGUGCAAUACAUGUUGCCAGAUUCACUGUAAUGAAGAACACUUUAGUAUUGUGCCUGACAAUUUGGAGAAAUGAUAAAUCUAUGCAAUACAUUUUAUUACUUAAAUUACAGAAUGUCCAGAAAGUGAGUGUCUGUGCUAUACCAAUAAAAUGAUACUACCUACACACCUAUCUAUAUAGCUACAGUAGGUAGUACACUGUAAGUGGUAUAGCUUAAUAAAUUCAUUUCUGAAUUUUAGAAGAUUUUGUUUGCUAUACUAAUUGGGGAAGCUACUGCCUCAACCUAAUCUUGCUGAAUAAAUAGGGUAAGUCAAUAAAAGAACCUUUCAGAGAACCACAGUAACAUGGGAAUUUAUUCAUUCAGUUCUUCUCACACCAGCAAAUAUUUACAGGUGCCUUGAAUCUAAGCUAUUGCAACCCUGACUCUAUUCACUAAACUUAAUAUAUUGUCUUAAAUUGUUCUGAAAAUGUAGUGUUGUUCCUUUCAAUCCCUAGCCUUCCUGCAUCAGUGCAACACCUAAACAGAACUCCCUCUCUCGCAGCAGGCUUUGCAGGAGCUUCUGUAUGGAAAGGCUGGCGACUGUAUUCUGAAAAGCAGGUCCGUGUAUCUGGCAUAAUGAGGAACAGCUCUUAAGUGCAAGUUGGAGGAAGCGUGUAUUUCUCUUUACUGUGAAUUUCUCCAACUACAGCUUGGUUUUAAAAAGCUGAAGCAGACCGUGCUAUUGUGUCUUGUGUUAGGAAGAAGAGAAGGCUGGGGGUGGUGUCUAGGGACAAACUUGCACCUACGGUUUCAUUUUCAGUAUGGCGCUCAGCUACUGUGUUUAUGCUGCUAAUAGAUCUGACCUGUCUCCCAUGUGUAACUGGGAAACUUUUGCAUUAGGGAGCAGAAGGUCUAAAGCGUAACAUCUGAAAAGUGAUGCUUCGAUUCAUGUCUAGUUUAGGCCAUAUUCAUCUCUCCUUGGAACUUCCAUAAUUGCCUUGCCGUUCACUGGAGCAAAUGAAAACUCCUGAUUAUCUAGCCCAAACUUUGUCCUAUCUGUUCUUAAAGUGAUUGCAACAAAUUCGGACUUUAAGACUAUUUAUCAGUGGAAGUAGCCUCUGGUUAUGGCUACUAGAAGUUUCUUUCAAUGCUGUUUCAUUUUGUCAACAUGUUUCAUUUUGUCAAGUAAAAUUUCAGGACUAGAAGAAGACAACUUGGAAUCCACUCUGACGAUAUGGAGGAGAACAAGUCUAGUAGUAUUGAACUGUGGAUGAUAAGUAGCAAAUAUUAUUGGGCAGUGACAAGAGAAACCCAUUGUACUGGUCAGAGUAUGUUAAGUAAAUCAUCAUGCCUGAAUCCCUUAAGCAAAAUCCACAAUCAUGUUUGUAAAUUGCUGGCUUCCUGUUUAAGGAAAAUUUGGCUCGUACCGAUGCAUCAUUUACUGAAACAACCAGGACUGUCUGUCUACUGUGCUAAAAAUUCAAACGGCUGACAUUUCCAUAUGUUUGUUUCUGGCUAAUGUAACUUGACAGUUGGAGUUCAAAGAUAACCUUAUUUGAAUAAAGAUACAUAUUUUCGGUAAA